AAGCAGUUUGAUAGUGGAAGCAGUAUAGAGUAUUUUCUUCAUUUUCUUUCCCAAAUGCAAAAUGACUAAUGUCGUUCUGGCAGCGGCAUUAAUCCUGAAGUCGCUGGCAGAACUGGGGCGGCGGGCUCCGACAAUAUGGAUGCGGGUAAAAACAAUGAGGACAUAUUCGCCCUCUUGAAAGCAAUUCGUUGUUGGAACCUACUCCUUAGUAUCUCACUCAUAGCAUCUAUUUCAAAAUCCAAACUUCCAGUCCAUGUUCCUCGACUCUUCCCAUACCACCUUCCGUAGAUAUUCCAAAGAAUACAAAACAUGGGCAAACAAUCUAUCUUCCAGCAAGCGCAGGAAGCCUGCGCCUAUCUGCGUGAGCGUUUGCCAGCCGAACUUCAAAAGCCCCGAUUUGCCAUAAUUUGCGGAUCGGGCCUAGGCGGACUUGCAUCAUCAGUGAGCGAGAGUCCCAGAGCUGAAUUUGAAUAUGGGUCGAUCCCGCAUUUUCCCACUUCAACCGUCCCUGGUCAUAUCGGCAAACUCGUCUUCGGCAUUCUUGGGGACAGAUAUUCCUGGGGAUAUUGAUGGUUGGUCGAUCACACUAUUAUGAAGGACACACGGUCGACCAAGUCACGUUCCCCGUCCGGCUCUUCAAGUUACUAGGAAUGAAAUGAUCAUUGUCACAAAUGCAUCAGGAGGAUUGAAUCCUGAAUACGAAGUUGGGGAUAUUGUAGUGCUGAGUGAUCAUAUCUUUCUUGCCGGUCUUGCCGGAAUACAUCCACUUCGUGGCCCGAAUGAAGAGGAAUUUGGCGUUAGGUUUCCUGCUCUGUCAGAUGCCUAUGACAUUGGGCUUCGCAGGACUAUCCACCACGCUUGGGGAAAAGUGAUAGGGGCAGAAAAUAAAAGACGGCUGCAUGAGGGUGUCUAUGCAUUUGUUGGAGGACCAAGCUAUGAGACGAGGGCUGAAUGCCGACUAUUAAGACAGCUUGGUGCAGACCUUGUUGGGAUGUCAACGGUUCCUGAGAUCAUAGUGGCACGGCACUGUGGGAUUAAGGUACUCGCACUAAGCCUGGUGACGAAUAAGGCGGUCUUGGCUCCAGUCCCGCGUGGAGAUGACAGGCUUUUGGAACAUUCGACAGUGGAGGAGCUCGACACCAUCGUCGAGGAGGGCAAGGCGACGCAUGAAGAAGUUCUUGAGGCGGGCAGGCUUGCGGCUGUAGAUGUGCAGACACUAGUACAGCAGGCACUGGUAGAUAUUUUUGCGGCAGCCGAAAAUUAAUUAGACUGUCGCGUUUGUAUCGAUUCGACUUGGUGGUGUUGGAUAUCGAACUGUGUUAGAGAUUGGAUAUCUCCUUGACGAUCGGCGGGUGAACUACCUAGGUAGCUUCUACAUAAAACUUCCAGUAGAAUCAUGAAUAGUAUUUCAACCAAAUUUCGUUCCCUUGGAACGCUUGGCUUUAACAGCUUUGUAGUGGGCUGUCUUUCCACUAGUUUUGGCGGCCUGGAUUUCCUCAUAUUUUCGGCGGAAGCGGCCGCUCUCUUUCUCGGUCGCCAUAGCUUCUUCCACGAAAGUCCGUUUCCGCAGCUUCUUGGGAAUCCGAGCGCUAAAGAACUCAGUAGGGCCUUCUAUGAUGGUACCAACUUGGGAAUAUUCCGGCACUUUCGCUUUGCUGUUAUCUUUCUUGUAGUGUCGAUGAGGGUCGAGCACCGGUCUCAUUCGGAGAAGCUGGAGAUCCCUUUUCAGUUCCGGGGUGAGAUUUGUCUUGGGGAGGUUGAACCAGUCAGAUCCUGCGGUUGGCUUUUCCUUUGGCUAAUAAUAAGGGGUCAGUACAUUUCCUCUCAAAUUCAAACCAAGAACUUAGAAAAGAAUCAGGGGAAAGAAUAUGAGAUAAGGGUGUUCAGAGUAACUAUGAAUAAAGAGAGCUUUCACGGAAACAGCGUAGCCCAAGACGGGCUAGUAAAACUGUAUCAAGCGCUAGAAGCGGUAAAUAUCUUCAUCAAAACACCGUAGUGGAAGAAGCGCAAAGCGA